AUGGUUGACGACAGUCACCAGAAAGUGGCUUUGGGGGUCGUAGUCGCCUUUCCUAUCCUGGGGGGGAUUGCAGUCUUCCUGCGGUCAUGGAGUAGGUUCAUGACACGGACGCGGUUCGGGGCUGACGAUGUGUUCAUUGUAGCCGGAUACAUGCUGGCCAUCGGCCAAUCCAUCACGUCCUGGUAUUACAUUAAAACCAACUAUGUGGGCAUCCACGAAUGGGACAUUCCUGCAGACUACAACAUGAAAACUGGCCUCAUUUGGAAUUUCGCCAACCAACUCAUCUAUAACCCCUGCCUCACAAUGGUCAAACUCUCGAUCCUCUUCUUCCUCCGCCGCCUGGAGUCGCAAUCUCGCCUAGUCAACCUCCUCAUCUGGAGCACCACGAGCGUUACCAUCCUCCUCUUCCUUGCUGUUUUAUUCGUCGACAUCUUCCAGUGCCGCCCGAUCGCCUACGUCUACGACGAGUCCCUCGCCAAUGGGAGCUGUAUCAACCAAGGGGCCUUCUAUGUCUCCACCGCCGCCAUAAAUCUGUUCACAGAUAUCCUUGUCGUCUCGAUCCCGACCCUGAUAACCUUCCGCCUUCACAUGCCGUGGCGAAAGAAAUUGGCCGUCUGUUUGAUACUAUGUAUGGGAUUGGUAGCAACAGCAAUUGGCAUCUGGAGAAUCAUUCUCCUGGCGAACGGCUUCUUCCCGACCCACCCCGUCACCGACGCGACAUAUGCCAUCGGCUUCUGCAGCUCCGCCGUCGAGGUGCAUGUCGCCGUCGUCGCCGCCUGCGCCCCGUGUCUCAAAGCGGUCGUCAGCCUCAUCUGGCCGCGCCUCUUCGGCACGACUGAUCAUUAUUCCUCCGGCAGGACGAUGUACGGCUACGGCUAUGGCCGGAGUACAAGUACCUCGGGGUAUCGGCCUCGAUCUACCAAGAAAGGUUGGGGGACACAGGAUGGGGACGGAAAUUGGGGCGGCGGGGCGUUUGAACUCGCUGUAGCUGGACGACCACGACCGACUUCGACUGAAGUGCUGCGGCGCGAGAUGCGGAAGUAUCAUGUCGGUGUUAAGGCCGGGGGUGGGAGGAAUGGGAGUUUGGAUUUGAGUUUGAGUAGUGAGGAAGGGAUUCUCGUGGGGAAUGGGGGGGCGAUUGUGAAGAGGAUGGAUGUGCAGGUGGAGGUGAGCCAUGGUGAUGGGAGUAGGAGUGCGCAAGAAGAGGCAGCGAGAGGGUCCAACAGGCAUCCCGGGGAGGGCAGUGUGGAUUCUUUGGUCUGAUUGGGGGAUUUUAUAAUACCAGGCAGAUUGCAUGGGUCACUCGCUUCAUAUCCAUCGAUUUCGUAUGUUUUUUGACCCGGUUAAGGGAGAGAAUAACCGGGGAGGAUCUUGUGUGCCUCCUCUAAU